AUGGAGAGCAAUCAAAAUAUAAGUGGAAGUGGAAUUGGACCUCUUCCAUCUUCAACAGUGGAUGAACAAGGAGUACAAACCCCAGGCAUUGAGACAAGUGCUCAACAGCCUAUGGCCACUCCUAAAGUUCCUGCUGUUAAGAAGAGGAAGGAAAUAGAGUCUAGAUCCAUAGUGUGGGAGCACUUUGAACAGAUCAAAGAUCCUGAAACUAAAAAAGUGCUUAAAGGCAGUCUCUACUCACAUUCAACACUCUGUCCACUUCUGAGGGGUAGAACAGAGGCUCCUGGGGGUGUUUUGGGGACAUGGGUGUUUAAUCAAGAUGCCAUUAGGAGUGCCCUUUGUGAGAUGAUAAUCAUAGAUGAGCUCCCUUUUAGGUUUGUAGAGGGCCAGGGGUUCAAGAGGUUUAUUCUGGUUGCUUGUCCUAGGUUUCUUAUCCCUUCUAGGUGGACCAUUUCUAGGGACAUCUACCAAAUAUUUCUUGAUGAGAGGCUAAACCUUAAGAAGUUUUUUAGAGUGGGAACUCAAAGGGUUAGUCUAACAACAGAUACAUGGACUUCUGUCCAGAGAAUCAACUAUAUGUGCAUUACUGCACAUUUUUUAGAUGACCAGUGGAAGCUUCAUAAAAAAAUUAUAUCCUUUGUCCCAGUUUCUUCUCAUAAGGGGGAGUACAUUGCAAAAGCCCUAGAGAGUUGUUUAUUAGAGUGGGGAAUUAAGAAUGUGUUUACUGUAACAGUGGAUAAUGCAUCCUCUAAUGACACAGCUAUGGGGUUUUUUAAGAGUAAACUGUUAUCUUGGGGUUCUUCUUCUGUUAAGGUUCAGUACAUGCACAUGAGGUGCAUAGCCCAUAUCCUCAAUUUAGUGGUCCAAGAUGGGUUGAAGUUUGCAGAUGAGUCAGUUAAGAGGGUGAGGGAUGCAGUGAGAUGGGUUAGGAACUCACCAGCUAGGCUGACAAAGUUCAGAGAGUUUGCUGAACUGUUUGGUGUGGAAGCUAAAUCUGCUUUGCAUCUUGAUGUCCCUACAAGGUGGAACAGCACCUACAUUAUGCUCAACACUGCAAUUCAAUAUCAAGUAGUGUUUGAUGCAUAUGAGAGAAAUGACCCCUCUUAUUCUGCUGACUUGGGGAGUGCUCCUACCUUCUUGGAUUGGUGUUCUGUGGAAAGCUUUGUGAAGCUGUUGAAAGCAUUUUAUGAUAUGACAGUGAGGAUCUCUGGUUCACUUUAUGUCACAUCCAACACAUUCUUCUCUGAGAUCUCUGAUCUUAGUUGCAUGCUUGAAGCUAUGGUGAACUCUGAGCAAGGGACUGAAAAGUUGUAUGAAGAAGAGAAAGGCAAAGCUUGUUUUACCAAGGUCCAAUCUGCAAUGGCUGCUUUAUAUGAUGACUAUGCAGCUACAUACUCUCUUAGUUCUACCCAGACAGCAUCCUCUACUCAAGCAGUCCAGUCUGAGGCUAACCAGGCUACUACUUGUACAUGGUGGAAGAGCCAUAGUGAGAGAUUUCCUAUUCUCUCCAAAAUAGCUAGAGAUGUCUUUGCAGUUCCUAUCUCCACAGUUGCUUCUGAGAGCUGUUUUAGUACAUCUGGAAGGGUACUUGAUCCAUUUAGGAGUUUCUUGACUCCUAAAAUAGUGGAAGCACUAAUAUGUACUCAAGAUUGGUUGAGGGCACCUAAUCAGCCAAUCCAAGUUGAGGAGAACCUAGAGGAGGUUGAAAGAUUAGAGAAAGAAUUGCCCACUGGAGCUUCAUCUACUAUACCAUCAAUGUUGCCUACAAUCACUGUAAUUUUGAAUGUAUUUGUUUUAUUUGGUGGCUAUGAUGAAGCUUCCACUAUUGUCUGA